UGUUGGCCCGAGGGCCUAUAAAUGAAACCUGUGGUACAAACUGUUAGAUUAUCUGAUCAUGAUGGGAAAGUUACUCGCGCUGACGGUUGUUUUGCAGAUCGUUUUCUCCACCUUUACAUUCGUAGCAACCGUUAAUGCCGCAGUGUCGUGCAAAACCCCCGGUCAAGUAACUGACUACCCUUGUUUAAGGUGUUACUGUACGAGCCGGCGGAUACUGCUGUGUCUAGAUAAAAACUGUGACGUCCAUCCCCGACAUGCCAAGAGGUCAACCCAGAAUGAAGACUGGAUGAUUCCGCCUAAUCGUGAUUGCGUGCAAGGCGAAACGAUAUACGACGGUUGCAACACAUGCGUGUGCCGACCCGGAUGGGGAUUUGUCGUCUGCACGGAGCGAUAUUGCCCACCAUCAGUUGACAAUGCUCGAGGAAUUGCAGUGUGAGACGCUGUCAUUUCGAGUAGCAGAUAGGCCCGGUCAGUCCGUGCCAGCCAUCCACAGAGAGCAGAGGCAGGGAUACAGGUCGAUCGGUUGAGGGUGAUCAGGGAGACUGAGGCGGCUGGUUAACACCGUUAAUUUAUGCUGAACAAUAUACGUUUGUCUUCUCCAACAAAUCCCUGUAUUAAACUAAAAAUACCAGCUGUCUUUACAUACGCAACAGUUAAGUCAUAAUUGCUAUUGCUGUAUCUUAUGUGUUAACUUUGAGGGUUUAUCAUUACUCUGGUGGAGUAUUUAUGGGAAUUGAGGUGUCAGUCAAAGUGUCACUUUAUAUCUAUUUGCUGAUGCAUAAAAUGUAUAAUAUGUUAAUAAAUAUGCGCUCACUGUGAAGCAUGCGUUGUAUCAGUAUACCAGUGUGUGUCUAUCAUCGUGUAGUAGUCACACUCUUACUGCACAUGAAGGUAUCUUCGUUUGUUCACCGGUUUUCUUUAAACCUACUCAGUCAAUCGCCAUGCCGAAGACACCCGACAUGAUACUCCGCCCUCUUCCAGUUAAUCACCAUGCAGAAGACACAGGAUAAUAUGCUCCACCCAGUACAACAAUGCUGUCCCACUCAGUCACCAAGCCGAAGGCAUGACAUGACCCUCAACCCAGUACAAUUAUGCUGCCUCAUUUAAUUACCAUCUCGAAGACACCAGGCAUGACGCACCACCAAUUACAAUUAUACAAUGCCACACAUAGAGCCGACCACUGGAUCUAAUCGACCCACACCCUUAUGUGAAGUUAACAUACAGGUUUACAAGUUCGUAAAGUUAUGUAAUUUUAUCUUUCUUUCGUGAAUUGGGAUUUUCCUACAGGCUGUGGAUUUGUGUGAGUAAAUAAAUGAAUGUUCAUGGUUUCACGCCACGUCGGCAGUAUUUCAGCCACAUAUCACGGCUUGGGAUAUGUACGAAGACGCCGGUUAAUUUUGUAUCAGCAUUAUUUUACUGACUUACUUAUCUCAUUGUUGUUAUUUGUAGUACUAUAUCACUCAUGUGACAGCUGUAAUAUUUUGGCAGAGCAUCCGCUUCGGGGGCGGAAAUCCAGGAUCAAUCCUGGGUCGGGUCACACCUAAGACUUUAAAAGAAGAAGUCGUAGCUUCAUCGCUUGGCCUUCGGCGUUAAGGGGAAGCGCAAGGACUGGUUUACCCGUAUCAGUAUAAUGUCUAGAGUGCAUGGUGCUUGCCUUCGGUAAUUCGUCUCUGUGGAGCAGCACUAGAUAAAAGAGCGGAAAAAAUCCGCCCCCCCCCCCCCCCAACAAGGAGGAACAUUACACGUACAUACACUGUAAGGACACCUUUGUUGUCAUAUGACUGAAAUAUUGUUAGGUAGGACGUUAAACCCUAAGCACUCACUGACUCUAGAUUUUAUCUGGUCUGUUGUAUGAUUUUGGACAGGAUCCAAUCAGAUGUUACCGGUACGUAAAAAAACAUUACAAUCAACGUCAUGGAAUCACCAGCCGACGACUUUCCCACGACAGGUCGUGUGAAAUCUUACUCUGAUAAAAGCCGCGUUUCAGAUAGUGGAUACACCGGAUUAUUCUCUCUCAAACGUCUGGAAUCGCAUUAAGAAGGACGACGAUGACCGCCAUUCAAGUCAUUUGUACGGCCGCUAUUUUGAUUCAGCUGACAUAUGGUGAUCAAACUGUUCUACCGGACAAUUCAUUAGGACGUAAGUUACUGGGUAUCCUCAGUUUAUACAGGCACCUUCAGUGUCGAUCUGCCAAAAGAAAAGCCUAAAAUAUCAAACUAUUUAAAAGAAAAGACAACAGAUAAUAUAACAUGAAUUAAUCAGGAAGAGGGGUGGAAACAAACCUAAAUGUCAACAGGCAUUUUUUCCUGAUGUGUAUAAUAUCUAAGUAAAUCAGUUUUUAAUCUGGAAUUCUUACCAGGCCAUGUUAAACCAACCAGAACCACGGUUUCGCGUCACUCGUACUCUACCCACACAACUCAAGUUGCAAUUUCCCAUCAUAACCCGGUCAUCUUUGUGUACAUACUUUUUGUGAGACAAAAAACAUCCUCAAAUCAAGAUAUCCUCCACACAAUGCCGUUUGUAUUUACUUAUGUACGUGAUUUAUGAAUUUAUUUUAUUGAUCUGUCGCCAAGAAUAUCUCUCAGACACCUCAUCAAUUAUUUUUAUGGGUGGGGCAUACAAUUACACGUCUCGCGACGUAUAUUAUACAUCCUCUCCAGUAAAGUCGCAGCAGCAGCUGAAAACAAAUAGCGGUUUCGAAUCGUUCCCUGGCAAUCCCGUUUCAGCCCUGACUCCACCCGGGGCGUCGUUCCUUAGCCAGGAGAUACAGAAAUCCACCGCAGCGUUCACCCAGGCCUCCACGGACCUAACAGCCAAGAGCUCCCAGUGCAAGUCGUUAAAAGACGCUAAGACGAAGAAUAAAUGUAUACCGUGCAUUGUGGCCAAGUGUAAUGCCAAGGCGGACUCCUGUAACAGGAAACUGAAUGUCAACGGAGCCUUGACCACGUUGGAAGAUCUCGGCCAUAAGGUCAGCAGCACGGUCAAGGACGUGGGUCACAAGAUCAGCAGUACAGUCAAGGACGUUGGUCACAAGAUCGAGAGUGGGAUUAAGCACGUCUUUGGGGGAUGGGGUAAAAGAAGAACGAAAAGAAGCGAGCCAUCUUGUUCGGAGAUCGAGCACAACGCUGGUCAGGCCUGUCAGAAGUACGACUCUGCCUGCUCUGAGUGCCUGUUCAACCCGGAUUCCGAAUGUCCGGGUUACGCCAGUGCCUCGUCUGCCUACGACGCAGCGGUGCACACGUACGCAUGGCUAAAGAAGGUGCCCACUUCCGGGAGCACAUACCAGGUUACCAAGGUGACGUAUGACCCCGCAUCUUUUGACCCCAUGACACAAACGUACAAAGACGUCACAGCUUACGUCAGCCUCCUUACAAAAACUACGUCAUUCCGGAAAAUGGCAAGCCUCAGAGUAUUGACAUUACCAUUCCUGGUUCUUCUGUUCGGCAAUCUGACACUUCAAGUUCCAGCAACCUCGACUGAUACGUCUCCUACCACAAGCACAGCCCAGCCUUCAUCUCCUACCACAAGUACAGCCCAGUCUACAUCUCCUAACACAAGCACAACCCAGUCUACAUCUCCUACCACAAGCGCAACCCAGUCUACAUCUCCUACCACAAGCACAGCCCAGUCUACAACUACCACAAGCACAGCCCAGCCUACAACUCCUACCACAGCCACAGCCAAGUCUUCGACGGCUAACAUAAGGACAGCUCAGCCUACAACUACUACCCCUAGUAAGGGUCAGUCUGCAGGUACUAUCUCAGACUCAGUUCAGUCUGCAACUUAUUUGACAAGCACAGUUUCAGCAACCUCGACUAGUGCGACGACAGCCCAGUCUACAUCUCCUACCACAAGCACAGCCCAGUCUAUAUCUCCUACCAUAAGCCCAGCCCAGUCUACAUCUACUACCACAAGCACAACCCAGUCUAUAUCUUCUACCAUAAGCACAGCCCAGUCUACAUCUACUACCAUAAGCACAGCCCAGUCUACAUCUACUACCACAAGCACAACCCAGUCUAUAUCUUCUAUCAUAAGCACAACCCAGUCUAUAUCUCCUACCAUAAGCACAGCUAAUUCUACAUCUCCUACCAUAAGCACAACCCAGUUUACAUCUCCUACCACAAGCACAGGUGAGCCUAUAAAUCUUACCACAGGUACAACUGGGCCUAUAAAUAAUACGUCUGGCGAAAGCAAUGAUACCAAAGAGACUACAAACAUGGAUAACGGAGCCCACAACGUUUUCUCACAGUGUCUUAUUUCUGUGGUGAUGUUUCUAACAACCACAUCUGCCGUGAUAUCCAUGACUCGCCGGUGAUGGUGUUUUGAAAUGACCACAUCUGUCACAUACCAUAGACCACACACACAACUGAGCCUAUAGCACUUAUCAAAGACACAACUGAGCCUAAGGCACCUAUCACAGACACAACUGAGCCUAUAGCAUUUACCACAGACACAACUGAGACUAUAGCACUUACCACAGACACAACUGAGCCUAAGGCACCUAUUACAGGCACAACUGAGCCUAUAGCACUUACCACAGACACAACUGAGCCUAUAGCACUUACCACAGACACAACUGAGCCUAUAGCAUUUACCACAGACACAACUGAGCCUAUAGCACUUACCACAGACACAACUGAGACUGUAGCACUUACCACAGACACAACUGAGCCUAAGGCACCUAUCACAGACACAACUGAGCCUAUAGCACUUACCACAGACACAGCUGAGCAUACAGCACUUACCACAGACACAAAUGAGCCUAAGGCGCCUAUCACAGACAUAACUAAGCCUAUAGCACUUAUUACACUUACCACAAGAACAACUGAAACUUUUUGCACCGACCACAUCUGCCACAUACCACAGACCACACACCACAUCCAUAACGGACCCUAUUACUCUUACCAUAGUCACAGCUGAGCCCAUAAAAUUUAUUACAGGCACAACUCAGCCUAUAACUCUUAUCACAGAAUUAACUGAGCCUAUAGCUCCUAUCACCGGCACAACUCAGCCUAUGACACAAUUAUUACAGGCAUAGCUGAGCCUGUAAGUAUUACCACAGGCACAACUGAGCGUACAACAUUUACUACAAACACAACUGGGCCUAUAAAUCUUACCACAAGCAUAACUCAACUCAUAACUCCUACCACAACUAAUGCUAACGUUGAACCGUUGGUAACCAUGAGUCCUGGUGGCAUUAAGUCUGGCGAAAGCAAUGCUAUCAAAGAGACUACAUAGAUAACGGAGCCCACGUGUUCUCACGGUAUCUUGAUUCUGUGGUGAUUUUGCCUAACAACCACGUCUGCCGUGAUUCCGAUGACUCACCGAUGAUGAUGUUUCUAACAACCACAUCUGCCUUGAUAUCCAUGACUCACCCAUGGUGAUGUUUUGAAAUUACCACAUCUGCCGUGAUAUCGAUGACUCAUCUAUGAUGAUGUUUUGUAAGAAUCAAAUCUGCCGUGAUAUCGAUGAAUGAUCUGUGGUGAUGUUUAUAACGAUCAGGUCCUGUGUGAUCCUAACCGCUCGUCCUUUCCAAAGUUUGUCGCACUUUUCACAGGCACAACCUAACGAAACUUUGACUUGUUUGGAAAGGCCUUGCGCUUUGGUUAUUAUAAAUAAUAGCUCUAAGAACUAUAGAUUGGACCCUCGGCUUUCUCUAUCUUUUUAAUUUUAAGAAACAGUGAAUUUGAAGAGGGUACGAUUUAUGUUGUGCUUUAAAAAAACUUGUUGAGAACCAGAUGGAUUCCAUAUGAUAAGAAAACAUCUUAUUUUCUGGAAGCUUUUUAUGCCAUGCGAUGACCUAAGAACGUUUCCAGAGCUUACAAAAUGUUUCCGCCAAUUUAGAAUUUAGAACACCGAUAAUUAGCCGCUCAAUCCAACGGUGAUGGUACUGCUUCACUUCAGCAUCACAGAUUUUGCGCAGAUUCCUAGCAAUAUCAGAAAAUCAUUGUGCAGCAUCACAGAAUCUGUGCAGUUCCAGGGAUUCGAUGCAUCAACCUAUAACCUGUGCCGCACCUGGGAUUCUAUGCAGCAUCCUAUAAUCUACACAACACCAGGGAUUCGAUGCAGCAACCUAUAACCUGUGCCGGACCUGGGAUUCGAUGCAGCAUCCUAUAAUCUACACAACACCAGGGAUUCGAUGCAGCUUCCUAUAACCUGUGCCGCACAUGGGAUUCGAUGCAGCAUUCUAUAAUCUACACAACACCAGGGAUUCGAUGCAGCAACCUAUAACCUGUGCCGCACAUGGGAUUCGAUGCAACAUCUUUUGAUCUGUGCAGCACAGGAAUCGUACAUCAUCACAGAUAUCUAACAUCAUCAGGGGAUUUGUGCAACAUCAAGGACUCAGCGGAGCGUCAUGAAUUUCUGCAGCAUUAGGAAUUCGAUGCAGUGUCAUAGAGUCGGUGCAACAUGAGGAAUUCGUUACAUUAUUACAGAUUCGGCACAUCUCGAACUUUUAGCGGCCGCAUUGGUGAGAGGUCUCUGAACAACAGAGAAAUACGUUCCUAAUUCAAGUUAAGCGGUUAUAUUGUCAUGUACUUAACUGGUUGAAGUAUUAGCUUAUUUCAAUGUUUAUUUGACAUUUUAAUAUAUAUAUUUUUACUAGUUUUGCGCCAUCUAAUUAUAAUGUUUAAAUGACGUUUUUUUUUGUCUGUUUAUCUCUGAUGUCAUGUUUCAUUCAUGUUUUCGAUUGUAUAAAUUUUGUUUAUAAAUUGGAAGAUUUGUUGUGUAUAAUUAACAAAAUCUAAGCUAACUGUCUUGUAAAUAAAAUAUAAUUCACUACAAAU